AUUAAUAAGAGCACUAGCCAAGAGAGCAGAUGGUUUAAGAACCAAAUUACUUCAGAGAAUGAGCAAAGAUCAUCAGGUUUUGAAUAAGAGACUCUGAGAAGAGUAUGAGAGGAUAGCAGAGAAAGCCUUGACUUCUCCAGCAAAUACAGAGCACCUGAUGGAGCUGAAGAAUUAUAUUGAGCAAGUGGAGAAUGAAACAAUAUUUGACCUCGAAAAGAGACUGGUGGACACCAAGAACAGACUGGCCUUCUUGGUGGACUAUGCAUCAUUUUCUCCAGCUGACAUGAGACUAAACAACAGUGUCUUUCAGUGGCAUUUCCGCAUGCCAGAGGUCUUUGAAGAGCACAAAAAGAUAAUCAAUGCAAACCGUCUACAAUAUGAAAACAGCCUCAAGAUGCGGCGCGAGAGAUUUGUAGAGGAACUGGAAAGCUACUCAAAACAGCUUGAGGAGUUCCAGACAUUUGGUGACAUGCAAGAAAUUCAGCGUUAUCUCAAGAAAGCACAAGCUCUCAAUCAGAGACUAGAAUCAGCUGCUGAAAAGAUACUGACUUUCAACCAGGAAGAAGAAGCUUUUAAUUGGGAUGUGACCACUUAUCCACAGAGGCAGCAGCUUCUAAACACCCUGAAUCCUUACUUGAAACUGUAUGAAACAACUGUAGAGUUUCAGAACAAAUACAAAGAGUGGAUGGAAGGUCCUUGGGGAACAAUGGACCCAGAUAAAGUUGAUGGAGAAACUGGGAACUUUUGGAGAGCACUUUACAAGCUGGAGAAGCAGUUUUCUGAAGUACCAAAUGCACAAAAGAUUGCUGCGAGGAUGAAGGGAAAAGUGGAUGAGUUUAAAGAACACCUUCCCCUAGUACAGGUUUUGUUCAAUCCUGGCCUUCGAGACAGACAUUGGGAAAUGAUGUCAGAAAUUCUUGGUUAUCCACUCAAGCCUGACGAAGAUACUAACCUUGCUAAGAUGGUAGAGAUGAACCUUGAGCCAUACUUGUCUCAGUUUGAGACUAUUAGUGAGGCAGCUAGCAAAGAGUUCUCCCUUGAAAAAGCUAUGGAAAAGAUGGUUCGUGAAUGGGAUGAGAUUGAGUUUGUCAUGAUUCCUUACCGUGAAACUGGCACUCAUAUUUUGUCAUCAAUUGAUGACAUUCAGACUCUGUUGGAUGAUCAAAUUGUGAAAACACAGACAAUGAGAGGUUCACCAUUUAUUAAACCAUUUGAGACAGAGAUCAAGGAAUGGGAAAGCAAACUAAUGCUGACACAAGAAAUCAUUGAUGAAUGGCUGAAGGUGCAGGCCACAUGGCUGUACUUAGAACCCAUCUUUAGUUCCCCUGACAUCAUGGCCCAGAUGCCAGAGGAGGGAAGGCGGUUCAGCACUGUUGACAAGAACUGGAGAGAGAUCAUGAAAGUGGCCGUCUUGGAUCGCCAUGUUCUCACUGUGGUGGCCAUUGAAAAGAUGUUGGAACGUUUGAAGAAAUCUAAUGAAUUGUUGGAACUCAUUUUGAAGGGACUAAAUGAGUACCUGGAAAAGAAGAGACUCUACUUUCCACGCUUCUUCUUUUUGUCAAAUGAUGAGCUUUUGGAAAUUCUGUCUGAGACAAAAGAUCCAAAGAGAGUGCAACCACAUCUUAAGAAGUGCUUUGAAGGAAUUGCAUCUCUGGAAUUCACAGACACAUUGGACAUAACCAGUAUGAAGAGUUCUGAAGGUGAAAUUGUGCCCCUCAAAGAUGUAAUCUCUACAUCAAAAGCAAGAGGACAAGUAGAGAAAUGGCUGCUGGAGCUUCAGGAGGACAUGAUUGCUAGUAUCAGAAAGGUCAUCAUGGAAGCAAAAGAGGCUUAUGAAAAGACAGAAAGAGUUAAAUGGGUGAGGGCAUGGCCAGGACAAACAGUUCUCUGUGUUUCGCAGUUGUACUGGACACUGGAGAUACAUAAAGCAAUCAAGGGUGGAGCCAGUGCUCUAAAUGAUUACCUUCAGCUUAACAACAGCCAGAUUGAAGACAUUGUGGCCUUGGUGCGAGGCAAAUUGUCCAAGCAGAACAGAGCUACUUUAGGUGCCUUAGUGGUACUGGAUGUACAUGCCAGAGAUGUCCUUGCUAAACUUUGUGAACUGGGAAUCCAGAGAGAAGAUGAUUUUGAGUGGUUGGCACAACUGAGAUACUACAUAGAGGAAGAGAACAUAAUGACAAGGAUGAUAAGUGCCCAGUUAGCUUAUGGUUAUGAGUACCUUGGUAACUCUGGACGUCUUGUUAUCACUCCUUUAACGGACAGAUGUUACAGGACUCUGUUUGGAGCUCUACAGCUACACUUGGGAGGUGCUCCUGAGGGUCCUGCUGGAACAGGCAAGACUGAAACAACCAAAGAUUUAGCCAAAGCUGUGGCUAAACAAUGUGUUGUGUUUAACUGCUCUGAUGGACUGGACUACAUUGCCCUUGGAAAAUUCUUCAAGGGUCUGGCAUCGUGUGGAGCGUGGUCUUGCUUUGAUGAAUUCAACCGAAUUGACUUGGAGGUGUUGUCUGUGGUGGCUCAGCAGAUUCUAACCAUUCAAAUGGGUAUCAACUCAGGGUCAGAUACCCUGCUUUUUGAGGGAACAGAAAUUAAAUUGGAUCCAUCCUGUGCCACAUUCAUUACGAUGAAUCCAGGGUAUGCCGGCAGGUCUGAGCUUCCAGACAACCUCAAGGCUUUGUUUAGAACAGUCGCCAUGAUGGUCCCUGAUUAUGCCCUGAUUGCUGAAAUAUCACUGUAUUCCUACGGUUUUGUGAAUGCUCGUCCCCUGGCUGUGAAAAUUGUCACCACCUACACACUGUGUUCCGAGCAGCUGUCGUCACAGCAUCACUAUGACUACGGCAUGAGAGCUGUCAAGUCUGUGCUAACUGCUGCAGGAAACUUAAAGUUGAAAUAUCCCGAGGAAAAUGAAGACAUAUUGAUGUUGCGCUCCAUCAAUGAUGUUAACUUACCCAAAUUCUUGGCUCACGACCUGCCACUAUUUGAAGGAAUCACUUCUGAUUUGUUCCCUGGUGUCAAACUGCCCAAGCCUGAUUACACGAUUCUGACAAAUGCUGUUCAAGAAAACUGUAAAGCGAUGAAUCUACAGAUGGUAGACCAGUUCCUUACCAAGAUCAUACAGAUCUACGAAAUGAUGAUUGUGCGUCAUGGCUUCAUGAUUGUAGGUGAACCAUUUGGCGGCAAGACUUGUGCUUAUCGUGUGUUGGCUCGUGCCUUGAGUGAUGUGGCAGAACAAGGGUUGAUGGAGGAAAAUAAAGUGCAGACUGUGGUUAUCAACCCUAAAGCUAUCACUAUGGGUCAGCUGUAUGGACAGUUUGACCCAGUCUCCCAUGAAUGGUCAGAUGGUGUCUUAGCUGUUAAUUACAGAGGGUUUGCUUCCUCAACAACUCCAGACCGUAAGUGGUUGAUUUUUGACGGACCUGUUGAUGCCGUGUGGAUUGAAAACAUGAACACUGUACUGGAUGACAACAAAAAGCUUUGCCUUAACAGUGGUGAAAUUAUCCAGCUUGCUCCUACUACUAACUUGAUCUUUGAGCCGAUGGAUUUGGAGGUCGCCUCACCAGCUACCGUGAGUCGUUGUGGUAUGAUUUACAUGGAGCCUCACAUGCUCGGAUGGAAACCGCUACUUGUAUCGUGGCUCAGUACUCUUCCCAAAACUCUGAAUGAGGAAAACUUGGAACUUAUUAAAGACCUGUUUGACAGGAUGGAGGAAGCGCUGCUGCAGUUUGCUCGCAAAGGAGGCUUCAAGGAACUGUCUCCUACAACAGACAGUAACAUGGUGAAGUCCCACAUGAACCUGAUGGACACCAUGAUGGACGAGUUCCAUGAUGAACAGAAGUUUAAGGAGCUCAACGAGAGAGAAGUCGCAGCUUGGCUUGAGUGUAUCUUCCUCUUUUCUUGUGUUUGGUCUCUCGGUGCUUCUAUCGAUGCUCGCGGAAGAAAGGAUUUCGACAAGAUACUCCGAGAAAUCGUGGAGGGUCCUUUAUCCCUGGAGAGUAAAAGUAAGUAUCACAUCCUAGAGAUUGUGGAUCCUCCACCGCGACCAUUCCUUUGUCCCUUCCCAAGCAAAGGGACUGUGUAUGACUACCGAUUCGUCAAAGAGGGAAUGGGCAAGUGGGAACUUUGGACUGAAGAAAUCAAGGAUGCUCCUGCUAUUCCCAAGGAAAUGGCUUUUAACGAGAUCAUUGUACCAACUGUGGAUACUGUGCGGUACACUUUCCUUAUGGAAAAGCUUGUGUCCCAUCAGAAGUCUUGUCUGUUUGUUGGGCCCACAGGAACUGGGAAAUCUGUCUACAUUACGAACUUUUUAUUGAAGAACCUUCCGGACACAUACAAACCUUUGCUGAUAAAUUUCUCAGCUCAGACCACUGCUAAACAGACGCAAGACAUCAUCAUGUCCAAACUGGACAAGAGGCGAAAAGGAGUGUUUGGCCCUCCCCUGGGAAAGAAAACGGUGGUGUUUGUUGAUGACUUAAACAUGCCUGCCCGUGAAGUAUAUGGUGCCCAGCCUCCCAUCGAACUGUUGCGACAGUGGAUGGAUCAUUGGAACUGGUAUGACCUCAAGGACACUUCUCCUAUCCAUCUGGUGGAUAUUCAGAUGAUAGGUGCCAUGGGACCACCCGGAGGUGGCCGCAAUCCCGUCACUCCUCGCUUCCUACGCCACUUUAACACUAUCAGUAUCACCAUGUUUGAUGACACCACCAUGACCAAGAUCUUCGGCAGGAUCAUGGAAUGGCAUCUUACAACAAGGGGUUUUUCAAAGGAUUUUAUGUCCGUGGGUGACCUGCUGGUAAACAGCACGCUGGAAGUAUACAAGAAUGCCAUGACGAAUCUGCUACCCACCCCAGCCAAGUCACAUUACUUGUUCAAUUUAAGAGACUUCGCUCGGGUCAUUCAAGGAACUCUUCUCUCCACUCCUGAUAUCAUUGAGGAUCCUGAUAAUCUCAAACGCCAUUGGGCUCACGAGGUCUACCGUGUGUACUAUGAUCGAUUGGUGGACGACGGUGAUAGAAAGUGGUUAUUUGAGUUCCUACGUGAGAUGAGUAAACCUCACUUGGGUGUGGAAUUUGACAAGCUGUUUGAACGACUUGACUCCAAUAAUGACGGCCGUGUGGAGCAGGACGACUUAAGAAGUCUGAUAUACUGUGACUUUACCGACCCCAAGGCUGACCCUAAACCUUAUGUGGAGGUAAAAGACUUGGAUAAACUACGCACUGUGGUGGAGACAUACCUAGAUGAGUUCAACAACAUGAGCAAGAAGCCGAUGAAUCUAGUGUUGUUUAGGUUUGCCAUUGAACAUGUUUCUCGUAUUUCGCGUGUGAUCAAACAGCCUCGUGGUCAUUGUCUUUUGGUGGGCGUCGGCGGCAGUGGGAGACAGAGUUUGACCAGACUAGCUGCACACAUGGCAGAUUAUGACUUGUUUCAGGUUGAAAUUGGUAAAGGUUAUACCUCAAAUGAAUGGCGUGAGGACUUGAAGGCGAUCCUGAGAAAGAGUGCUGAAGGAGAAAUGAAUGGAGUGUUCUUGUUCACUGACACACAGAUAAAAGAAGAAUCGUUUUUGGAGGAUGUAAAUAAUUUGUUGAACGCUGGUGAAGUACCGAACUUGUUUGCUCUGGAUGAGAAACAGGAGAUUUGUGAAAAGAUGAGAAUACUUGACAGGCAACGUGACAAGUCCAAGCAGACAGACGGCUCUCCAGUGGCUCUGUUCAAUUACUUUGUUGAUCGCGUCAGAGACCAGCUGCAUAUCGUGUUGGCCAUGAGUCCUAUUGGUGAUGCCUUCCGAAACAGACUCCGAAAGUUUCCCUCGCUUGUCAAUUGUUGUACCAUUGAUUGGUUUCAGUCAUGGCCAGACGAUGCACUUCAAGUAGUAGCUCAGCGAUUUUUAGAAGACCUGGAAAUGGACGCUGGGGUGAGGGAUGGAUGUGUUGAGAUGUGCAAGACUUUCCAUACUGAAACAAGAAACCUUUCUAAGUCUUUCUUGGAUGAACUCAAAAGGCACAAUUAUGUGACACCAACAUCGUACUUGGAGCUUAUCUCAACAUUCAAGACUCUGCUGAACAUGAAACAAGUGGAGGUGAUGAAGGCGAAGAAGAGAUAUGAAACUGGCUUGGAGAAACUGGCAUCUGCGCAGUCACAGGUGUCAGCCAUGCAGGGUGAACUGGAAGCCCUCCAACCACAGCUUAUUCAAGCUGGUAAGGAAGUUGAUGAGAUCAUGGUUGUCAUUGAGAAAGACUCAGUGGAGGUUGCCAAGACAGAAAAGGUGGUGAAAGCGGACGAAGCAGUUGCUAACAAACAGGCUGCAGCGGCCCAAGCUAUCAAGGAUGACUGUGACAAGGACCUGGGUGAAGCUAUUCCUAUCCUAGAGGCUGCUCUUGCUGCCCUUAAUACGCUGACUCCAGCCGACAUUACUGUAAUGAAAACUAUGAAGUCGCCACCAGCUGGUGUUAAACUUGUUAUGGAAGCUAUUUGUAUCUUAAAGGGCAUCAAGGCCGAACGAAUCCCGGAUCCCUCGGGUACAGGGAAGAAAAUCGAGGAUUUCUGGGGACCUUCAAAGAAACUGCUGGGCGACAUGAACUUCUUGAAAAGUUUGCAAAGCUACGACAAAGACAACAUUGCACCAGCUAUCAUAAAGACAAUCCGACAGAAGUACACCUCAAACCCUGAGUUUGAUCCUGAAAACAUUAAAACAGCGUCCACUGCUGCUGAGGGUCUGUGCAAGUGGGUCGUCGCCAUGGAGUCCUAUGACAAGGUUGCGCGGGUUGUGGCUCCUAAGAAGGCGGCACUGAAGGAGGCUGAAGCAGAGCUGUCUGUUGCUAUGGAGAGUUUGAAUAAAAAGCGUGCAGCUCUUCGUGAAGUUCAGGAUAAGCUGGCUCGACUGCAAGAGAAGUACGAAGCCAAUGUGAAGAAGAAGGCUGAUCUUGAAAAACAGGUUGACCUUUGUACCAAGAAACUUGAACGCGCAGAAAAGUUGAUCGGUGGACUGGGUGGAGAAAAAACAAGGUGGACUGAAGUAGCGAAGCAGCUUGGUAUCAAGUUUCAAAAUCUGAUUGGGGACGUCUUGGUAUCAUCCGGUGUUGUGGCGUAUUUGGGCGCCUUCACGGCUGCCUUUAGACAGGAACAAACAGUUCAAUGGGUCAAUGCCUGUCGCAGCACUAAUAUACCUUGUUCUGAUGACUUCUCGGUUACAGGCACGCUUGGUGACCCUGUAAAGAUAAGGGACUGGAACAUAGCUGGCCUGCCUACGGACAGUUUUUCUAUUGAGAAUGGAAUCAUCAUCAGCAAUGCAAACCGGUGGCCACUGAUGAUCGAUCCGCAGGGACAGGCGAACAAGUGGGUUAAAAACAUGGAGAAGAAAAACAACUUACACGUUAUUAAAAUGACUGAUGCUGAUUACGUGAGAACACUGGAGAACUGUAUCCAAUUUGGCACUCCGGUUUUGUUAGAAAACGUCGGAGAGGAACUUGAUGCACUAUUAGAGCCGCUACUUUUAAAACAGACAUUCAAACAGGGCGGCAGUAUCUGUAUUAAGCUUGGUGAUAGUGUCAUUGAAUACUCCAAGGAUUUCAGGUUUUACAUAACAACGAAGCUCAGAAACCCGCACUACCUUCCAGAGACGUCCGUCAAGGUGACGCUGUUGAAUUUCAUGAUCACACCUGAAGGACUCGAGGAUCAAUUGCUGGGGAUUGUGGUGGCACGAGAGAGGCCUGAGCUGGAGGAAGAGAAGAAUGCACUGAUUAUACAGAGUGCAGAAAAUAAGAGACAACUGAAAGAGAUCGAGGACAAGAUUUUGGAAGUGCUGUCCUCAUCUGAAGGAAACAUCUUAGAAGACGAGACUGCUAUUAACGUUUUGUCCUCAUCCAAGGUGUUGGCAAAUGAAAUCUCCGAAAAACAGGCCAUAGCAGAAGAAACAGAGAAGAAGAUUGACAACACACGUAUGGGUUACACGCCUAUCGCUACUCACUCAGCAGUGCUGUUUUUCUCCAUUGCUGACCUGGCCAACAUUGAACCUAUGUACCAGUACUCUCUAACCUGGUUCAUCAAUCUGUUCAUCAUGUCUAUUGACAAUUCUGAAAAAUCAGAAGUAUUGGAACAACGGCUGGAGAAUCUAACAAAUCACUUUACAUAUUCUCUUUACUGCAAUGUGUGCCGAUCACUGUUUGAAAAGGAUAAGCUGCUGUUCUCGUUCCUGUUGUGUGUUAACUUACUGAAAGGCAAAGGAGAAGUAUGUGAUAAUGAAUGGCGUUUCCUUCUGACUGGCGGAGUGGGCCUGGACAAUCCUCAUUCAAAUCCGUCCACUUGGCUUCCCUCGCGGUCCUGGGACGAGCUGUGUAGACUGGAUGACUUAUCAUUGUUCAAAGGAUUCCGACACAAGUUUCCCAAACACUUAGAAGGAUGGAAAAAGAUUUACGACAGCAAUGAGCCACAAAAUGAGCCUUUACCAGGAGAUUGGAAUGAGAAACUUGGCCAGUUCCAAAAAAUGGUUAUCCUGCGCUGUCUCCGACCGGACAAGAUGACGCCUGCAGUCCAAGAUUUUGUUACCGCUAAACUUGGCAAGCGUUUCAUUGAGCCGCCACCAUUUGACCUGGCUAAGGCUUUUGCCGAUUCUAACUGCUGUGCGCCGCUCAUCUUCGUGUUGUCUCCUGGCUCUGAUCCCACAGCCGCCCUACUUAAGUUUGCUGACGAUCAGGGCUUUAGUGGAUCCAAGUUGAGUUCUUUAUCACUUGGUCAAGGCCAGGGUCCAAUUGCCAUGCGUAUGAUAGAGAAGGCCGUCAAAGAUGGCACCUGGGUAGUGCUGCAGAACUGUCACUUGGCCACAUCAUGGAUGCCUACACUGGAGAAAGUUUGUGAGGAACUGAACCCAGACACGACACACCCUGAUUUCCGGCUGUGGCUGACCAGUUACCCGUCACCAAACUUCCCAGUGUCUGUACUUCAGAAUGGUGUCAAGAUGACCAACGAACCUCCCAAAGGACUGCGUUCAAACGUUAUACGCUCCUACCUGAGUGACCCUAUCUCAGACCCAGAGUUCUUUACAACCUGCAACAAGCCUCGCGAGUUUAAAAAAAUGCUCUAUGGUUUGUGUUUCUUCCACGCCAUUGUUCAAGAGAGGCGGACAUUUGGUCCCUUGGGUUGGAAUAUUCCUUACGAAUUCAAUGAGACUGACUUGAGAAUAAGUGUGCGACAGCUCCACAUGUUCAUGAAUAAAUAUGAUGAAGUCCAGUUUGCUGCUUUGUCUUACCUGACUGGAGAGUGUAAUUAUGGCGGCCGAGUGACUGAUGAUCGUGACAGACGGACUCUGCUAACCAUCUUGGACAAGUUUUACAGCCCAGACAUCAUAAACAACGAGGAUUACAAGUUUUCUCCAAGCGGCAAUUACUUUGCUCCUAAAGAGGGUGAAUACGAGACUUACAUCGAGUAUUCACGUAGCUUGCCGUUGAUAACCCACCCCGAAGUAUUCGGCAUGCAUGCUAAUGCUGACAUUAGUAAAGAUCAACAAGAAACCAAUCUGUUGUUCAACAGCAUCCUGCUGACUCAGUCUCGAGCUUCUGCUAAGGGAGGAAAGUCAGAAGACGAGGUGGUGUAUAGUGUGGCAGCGGACAUCUUGGAGAAGCUUCCUCAGAACUUUGACACUGAAGCUGCACUGCGCAAGUUUCCUACCACCUACGCACAAAGUAUGAACACAGUGCUCGUACAGGAGAUGGUAAGAUUCAACAGACUUACAGAAGUAGUGCGGUCCUCGCUUAUCAACAUACAGAAGGCCAUCAAGGGAUUGGUUGUGAUGUCGUCUGAGUUAGAGGAGGUGGUGAGUGGCAUUCUGAAAGGAAAAAUCCCAGGCCUGUGGAUGAAGAAGUCAUACCCAUCACUCAAGCCCCUCGGCAGCUAUGUCAAUGACCUCAUAGCCCGACUGAAAUUUCUCCAGGAAUGGUAUGAUAAUGGUGCACCUCCCGUAUUUUGGGUGUCUGGAUUUUUCUUCACCCAGGCUUUCUUGACCGGUUCAAAGCAGAACUAUGCCAGAAAAUACACUAUUCCCAUUGAUUUGUUGACCUUCGACUUCGAGGUUCUUGAGGACAAGACAUACGAUACUCCACCUGAGGACGGAGUGUACGUGAAUGGAUUGUUCAUGGAAGGUUCCCGCUGGGACAGGGAGAAAAAAGUGAUAGGCGAGUCUCACCCUAAAGUGCUUUACGAUAAUAUGCCUGUGAUGUGGCUGAAACCCUGCAAGAAGGAGGGUAUUGUAGACAGACCACACUAUGUUGCCCCUGUGUACAAGACGAGCGAGAGACGUGGAACACUCUCCACCACAGGACAUUCAACCAACUUUGUUAUGGAUAUGCGCCUGCCGUCUGACCAGCCGCAGUCGCACUGGAUCAUGCGUGGUGUGGCUCUUCUGUGCCAGUUGGAUGAUUAAGUAAAUAAACCGUGUGAUGAUUCACCUUAUAUACAAUCAGUCACUUAAGUCGUUGUAUGUAAUUCCUUUGGUACUCAAUACUCUUUUUUAGAUGUUUAUAAUACGAUAGUUUCCUCAAGAUUUUCGACAUGAGUGACAAAACUGAAUGAAUGCGUGUAAACAGAAGACUUUGAGUUAACUUCUCUUGGUAAUGUGGUAACAAAGUGCCUAUGAUGGCUGUUGUAAAAGAAAAUUCCACGUUAAAAUGCUUUUUCUCAUA